CCGGCGCGGAUCCUGAAAGCGGACGGCGGCGUGCUAAAAAUCUCUCUGAAAAAAUCAACCCUCGUAAACGUUUAGCUGAAAAGGUAAACUUCUCCAUCCGAAAUGUCGAUCGGUGUGCCAAUCAAGGUCCUGCACGAAGCGGAAGGACACAUCGUGACGUGCGAGACCAUCACGGGCGAAGUUUACCGCGGGAAGCUGAUUGAAGCCGAGGACAACAUGAACUGCCAGAUGACGCAGCUGACGGUAACGUUCCGCGAUGGCCGGACGGCCAACCUGGAGAACGUGUACAUUCGCGGGUCCAAGAUCCGAUUCCUGAUACUGCCGGACAUGUUGAAGAACGCGCCCAUGUUCAAGAAGCAGGGCGCCAAAUCCGGGACGGCGGGCCGCGGAAAGUCGGCCAUUCUGCGAGCACAAGCGGCUAGAGGACGGGGCAGGGGCGGCGGCGGUGGUGGAGGAGGCGAUCGGGAUCGGGGCGACCGAGGUGGUGGUGGUGGCGGAGGAAAUCGUCCUCCAGGCAAGGGUAACUGGCAGGGACAGGGACCGUCCGGAGGCAGAGGCCGAGGAGGACUGUAGAGGACGCGGUUGGGCGGGCGAGCGGUUUACCCUUAAGUUAAAACAUAAGUCAUCUUACAUCUUUGAAGCAUUCAAUUGUAUUUCCUUUGAACAGAACUAAUAAACAAUCUCUGAAAUGUAAAAAAAA